AACACAACCCGAUCCCCCGUCUUUCGUCCAACUUCUUCUCACAGUCAGUCUGUCCCCUGAGAGAGAGAAAAAUGGCGGCUUUCACUACUCUAACGCCAUGCCAAGCCACCACCUUGAAUUAUAAUAACAUUAAAAUUUUCCAUUAUCAUUAUCAAUAUCAAAGUUUUUAUAAUAAUAAUAAUAGUAAAACUAUUCAGAAAGCUAAGUCCUCUUUGCUUAGUUAUCAUCAUUAUCAUCGUCAUCAUCCUAAUCCUUCCCCUCCUUUCUCUUCUCUCUUUACACAAUCCAAAUCAAAUAUGCCACAAACCCCUUUCUCAACUUCAGGCAGCGGUAGCUCAUGGUUGCAAGAUAAUUCCAUGCAUCAUGAUGCUAGCAGUGGUAGUGGAUUGAGGGAGGGUUCAAUAUAUUCAGUUUUUCCCACAAAACCUGCAGAAGUUUCCUCUGUACAGGACCUUUAUGAAUUCAUAUGUUCUGGUCCUCUUGUGGACAAAGUGGGACUGACCCCAGAAAAGGUGGCAGAUUCCAUUGACAAGUGGUUGUUUUAUGGGUCGAAGCUUUGUCGAUUAUUUCAGCUCAACGAACUUUACCUUACUAUUCCUCAGAAAGCAAGGCUUUAUCACUACUACAUACCAGUCUUUGUAUGGUGUGAAGUCCAGAUAUCACAGCACACGUCCAGGUUUAAAGAUGGGGAAGAGAUACCCCCCUUAGUGAUAGGUUUCAGUGCACCACAGGGUUGUGGAAAGACAACACUUGUCUUUGCUCUUGAUUAUCUUUUCAGGAUCACUGGCAGGAAGUCUGCAACAUUAUCCAUAGAUGAUUUCUAUUUGACAGCAGAGGGGCAGGCCAAAUUUAGAGAAGAGAACCCAGGAAAUGCUCUUUUAGAGUUGCGUGGAAAUGCUGGAAGCCAUGAUCUUCCAUUCUCAAUUGAAACACUUACAGCUUUGAGCAAGUUGACUAAAGAAGGUAUGAAGAUGAAACUUCCUCGAUACGAUAAAUCUGCAUAUAGUGGGAGGGGUGACAGAGCUGACCCUUCAACAUGGCCAGAAGCUGAAGGACCACUAACGGUUGUUCUGUAUGAAGGCUGGAUGCUUGGCUUCAAACCCCUUGCUAGUGAAGUUAUUAAAGCUGUUGAUCCACAGCUGGAGGUGGUAAAUAAAAAUCUUGAAGCAUAUUAUGAUGCAUGGGACAAGUUCAUUAAGGCAUGGAUUGUUAUCAAAAUUCAGGACCCGAGUUGUGUCUACCAGUGGCGUCUGCAGGCUGAGAUUGCCAUGAGGGAGGCAGGGAAACCUGGAAUGUCUAAUGAGGAGGUAAAAGAUUUUGUUUCUCGAUACCUGCCUGCUUAUAAAGCUUACCUUCCUACCCUGUAUUCUGAAGGACCAAAUGGAUCAGAUCGAAAGCAUCUCCUCCUAAUUGAAAUCGAUGAAGGGAGGAAUCCCAUCUUAGGUGAGUAGAUAAAUUAGUUUUUUGUUGAAUAUCAGUUUCCAGUCCAGUUUUGAUUUCUUGUAGAAGAAUGUAUUCUGAGGUGAAAUUAUAUGUAAAUUUUCUCUUCCAUGUUUUGCAAUCAGUUAAGAUUGUAAAUGUCACAUAGUACAGGUAUCUUCAAUGAAAUUAGUUUUUGUGUCACAACUCAACAAUAUCAAACCGGCUUUUACUCAACAAGACCAUCCUAUCAUGUCAAGAACAACUUAAUUCAAGAGCUUAAAUCGUUUGGUGAAUGUCCAAAUUGGCUUUUAUUGACCAACACACAUGGUGAUAACUAUCUUCCAUUUCAUAACUCUCUGCCCUCAUUUUUCUUAAAUUGGAGUGUGCCUUUAGACACCAACACAUUUCAGGUUUGUCUGUUCACAAAAUGCACCAGUUUGUGUGUUCGAUGUGAUUUGUUAGAAGUCUUAGAACAUCCAGGCACUGACAUGGAACCAAAGAACACGCAUUGAAGAUCACAUCAUUAACAAUUUGGAAAGAAGAAAGAAAAGGAAAAUGAAAAAGAAGAAAAUCCAACACCUGAUCAUUUGGCUCAAUAGUUGGUGCAUGAAUUUUUUUUCAA